AUGGAUAGUUGCAAACCUGUUGUCACUCCCGUCGACACUAAGUCGAAACUUGGGGUUCACGAUGGUGAGCCAGUGAAGGAUUCCUCUCUCUACAGGAGUCUUGCAGGUGCGCUUCAGUACCUUACUUUCACUCGACCAGACAUUGCUUAUGCUGUUCAGCAGAUCUGUUUGUUUAUGAAUGCUCUCUGGGAACCUCACUUUAACGCUCUUAAGCGUAUUAUUAGAUAUAUCAAAGGCACUUUUGAUCAUGGUCUACAUUUGUAUCGUUCUGCACUAACGAGACUUAUUUCAUACACAGAUGCCGAUUUGGGCGAGUGCCCGGACACCCGGCGAUCCACUUCUGGGUAUUGUGCUACAUUGUCAAAGUCUAGUGCUGAAGCAGAAUAUAGAGGUGUCGCUAAUGUCGUAUCUGAAUUAUGUUGGCUUCGAAAUCUUCUUCUUGAGUUACAUUGCCCUAUCAGACGAGCUUCCUUGGUCUACUAUGAUAAUAUCUCUGCGGUUUACCUGUCUUCUAAUCCGGUACAACACCAGCGUACCAAACACAUCGAGAUGGACAUUCAUUUUGUACGCGACAAGGUCGCUCUUGGUGAGAUCAAGGUCUUACAUGUUCCAUCUUCGUAUCUGUACGCCGAUAUUUUCACAAAAGGGCUCCCUCGCCAACUGUUCUUAGAUUUCAGAAACAGUCUUAGCGUUCGACCUUCUCCCGCUUCGACUAUGGGGGUGUGUUAG